AUGCCUGAACCGAUCAUCUACUAUGAUAUGCCACGCAACGGCGCCGAGAAUAUGACGGACGGCGAGCAGAGCUGGAGUCUCAACACCUUGAAAACACGCUACGCCCUAAACAUCAAAGGCCUCCCUUACAAAACCGAAUGGCUCUGCUUCUCUCAGGUCGCGCCCAAGAUGAAAGAGCUCGGUCUAGGCCCGCACCCCUCCAGCAUUGGCGCCAAAGGCAUAGCCUCCAUCGCCUACUCCGUCCCCACCAUCGUCGACCCAAACAACGCCGGGCACAUCCAAACCGAGUCCUUCGCCAUCGCACAGUACUUGGAUGCCAAGUACCCCGACACGCCGAAGCUCGUUCCGGCUGGAACCGCCGCGUUGCAGCAAGCGUAUCUCGAUAACGUGUUCAGGCCGCUCGUCGGCGCUUGUUUCCCGAUCAUAUGCUAUCCCAUCUUCGAGCAGUGCUGUAUCGCGCAGGCCGACAGCGACCAUUUCCGGCGGACGAGGGAGGAAUGGUUCAACGGGACCAAGCUCGAGGAUAUCGCGCCGCAGGGAGAGAAGGUCGGCGAGGCGUGUGCGGAAUUUAGGAAGCAUUUGGAUGUGAUUGCGGGGCAUGUCGCUGCGAACGGGCCGGACGCUGGGGUGCUGAUCAGUGGAGGGGAGACGCCGAAUCAUGCGGAUACGAGUAUCGCGGCGGUGUUGAUUAGCGUGGUCAAGCUCAUGGGAAAGCAGCAUGAGCUCUCGAAGGUCAUAUUGGAGCAUCCGUGGGCGGGGAAGUACUUACAGGUCUUCUCAAAGUGGGAGUGA